GUGGCUGGAUAAGGAAGACAGCUCAUCAGUGAGUGUCACAGGCAUUCUGGCUGUGGAUGGGAGAGCAAGGGAGCCCGGCCUGGAGGAGGGGUCAUCAAUGUAACCAUGGCCUUAUUGUAUGUUGGUGGAUUGGAAUAGUGCCCAUCAUUGUUGUCAGUGUGGGGGGAAUAGUGCCCCAUCAUUGGUGUCAGUGGGAGGAAUAGUGUCCCAUCAUUGGUGUCAGUGUGGAAGGAAUAGUGCCCCAUCAUUGGUGUCAGUGGGAGGAAUAGUGCCCCAUCAUUGGUGUCAGUGGGAGGAAUAGUGCCCCAUCUUUGUUGUCAGUG